AUGUGGACGACCCUGAACGGUGAAUUUCGGGCGGACGCCGACGCAGCGGGCACAGCCACCCUACCAUACAUGGUAAUCGCCUUGAUGGUGCCGAGGGCGCGGCACAGCACAUGCGCUCGGCAGAUGCCGUCGGUCGGCCUCCUCGACCCUUCCCCCAUGAUGUCCCAGCUCCCUGGCUCAGAGGUACGAUCAGGCUCCCACAAGCUGGCGCCUCCCUCCCCAGCUCCCCCUCCCGGCUCCCGCAAUCUUCGGUCUAUUCUGGCUCGCCCUCGGGCUCGGUCGACGCGUCGGGCAUCUCCCAGAAGCCUCGGCGUCAUGCUGGGGAUGCGCCGCGUCCCGCACCGGACCGUGAUCAGCGUAGCUCAUCUGCGCUUGACUCGCCACCGGCCCUCUCGGCGAUCUCCUCCCCCCGCUCGUCAACUUGCGCCCGCCCCUGCGCUUGUCCGACAACGCGGACAAGAUAUCCACGAUAGACCAACGUCCCACUCGAUCACCAUGGUCAGCAGAGACCGCCAGCGGGUUCUCAAGAGUGCUCGGCCUCGGAGCGACCUCCAGCUUGCGUUGGUGUGCGACGAAGCUGACCUUGGGACCUCCAUACAACACAUUUACGCACUGUUCUGUAGAAUAUUCGUCUGCUAUUCGACCGUUUGCUGCUCAGACGUGAGCUCGUGCCCCUCACCCACUGUUUGGAGCCGCCGGUGCUUCGACGAUCACCUUACCCAACGGGAGCGAUCUCUGCAACCCGAAGAUCAACACGACGUCGAUCCUCGACUUUGUCAACGACGAGUCGGCUGCUGCGAAGCUGGUGGCCGUGCGGCUGUUCAACUCGGACGGGGCAGGCCUGCGAUGACCCUGGACCAACGCUACUUCUACUUACGCCCACCGCCCACGCUACGCGCACGGCUCCGACGACAGCCGGUCCGCCUCCUCGCACGCCCUCCGAUUCGCGCGCGCCCCGUCGGGUUGUCGCCCGGCGUAGCCCGCCCAUCUUCCUUUGAUGUGAGGUACCGGUUCGUUCAGUUCUUCCCGAAACGAGCUUCAGCCGUGCAGUCAUGCAUUAUGGAUUCCUUAGUGCGCUGGGAAUAUCUCGCCCUUGUCAUGGCCUCCGACACCAUAUCCUAUACUCCGUCUCCAACUCUGACUGCGGGCCCACCUUUCGAACCUUUCCCGGUUGAUUCCCAACCCAUCGACUCAGUCUUGAUCGUUCAAGUGGGAAACGACAGGACGGCCCACAGCAGACGCCAGCUUCAGCUCAACGGCCUCAAUGAACUCAGGGAAUUCUUUCUCGCAGAGUCUGGCUAUACUGAGCCACCUGACGACAUCGAAGGGGACGAGUUCUGGUACAGGCGUGUUCGCGUGAUGUUCGACGGUACGAGCGAGCUCCUUGCUGUAGACCUCGAGUCUUGGGAUGGCCUACUCCCGCGCAUGGCAGAAGUCCACUUAAUGGCUUGUACACCGCCGACUCCUUCAAAUGGAAAUUCACUCCGAGGGACAACGUGGCGUAACCUCGUCAGUCAAUGA